UAGAAGGAGAAGAAGGACUUUGAAGCAGAAGAAACAUAGAAUUUACAGAGAGAAAGAAAAUGUUCAAACAUUACCGGUGGCCCCGGUUAGUGGUUCAUAAACCUUUCUCUAAGCUUCCGACUCUCUCUCUCUUACGGGGUCUUUGCAGUCCGUGGAAGAGCUUGUUGGGUUAUCUCAGCUUUCACCUUUCCAGGCUCUGAUUCAAAGAAAAAUCUCAACUUCCUUCAACAAUUCAUCUCUACAAUUUCUGGAUAGUGUCUUUUUUUUAGCAAGAAUGGCUCAACAUUCUAAUGUUCCAAAGUUUGGCAAUCAGGAGAGUGAAGACAACGUUUUAGACACAGCUCAUUCUGACAAAGCCCAGAAAGGUCAGUCUGGUUCAAAGAUGAUUAAUCCAAAUGACACCAAGGAAAAUUCGGACAUAGUUUCUUCUGCUGACCUACCCCAUUCAAAACCCAGAGUUCAUUCAGAGGAUCCAUCUGGAAAGGGAUCAGUGAGAACAACACAUGAGUUACAAAAGAGUAGGGAGGAUGGUGAUCCUAAACAAUUUACUGACUCUCCAGCUCGCCAUGGUGGCGGUGAUUCUUCCCAUCGAGGUCAUGGAGUAGGUUCUGCUGACAACCGUAAAAGACCUUCAAGACAAAGUACUGGGCCUGAGCACAACAUUGACCGUUCACCCCUUCAUCGCCAGGCAAAAACCCCUGGCAGAGAUAGUCCUUCUUGGGAAGGAAAAAAUUCAUAUGAUAGCAGCCAUGGUACCCCAGGAAGGUCCCGAUUGAGACCAUCUUACCGAGGGGAUGAAACUCCUGAUGAAGGUGCUGCUGUUCCAAAGUUUGGUGAGUGGGAUGAGAGCAACCCUGCAUCAGCUGAUGGCUACACUCACAUUUUCAACAAAGUGCGGGAAGAGAAACAAGUGGGGGCUGGACACGUGCCAGGCACACCUAAUGGGAGACAAUAUGCUGCUCGGAAUCAACGUGCCAACGACAAAGCUCAGAGUUGCUGCUUUUGCUGGGGCAAAAAAUGAUUUAUGUGAAGCAUGAAUUAUAAUCUGAACUGAAGAGAUAAAAAUAGUGUUGUGAAUGGCCAUGAGGUGUGUGUAGCACUUGUAAAUAUUCAAGGCUCUGUCUUCCUAGAAAAAAAUCAUUGAAGAACAAUUGUCUUAAUUUUUUGCCUUUUUCUUCCUCUGUCUUUUGGUCAAUAGAGACACUUUGUGUGGAAGAUUGUGAUUUGUCCUGUUUAUCUAUUUUUUAUUUUGUUAUGUAAUUGCCACGCUUUAUAACUCGAUUUGUCUGUAUUUAGCUGGGAAAUACAAGAUUUAUUAUACAAUUCUUUUGGUUGUGAUUCUA